AUGCUCCCGGGAGUGGCAAUAGGCGCCGGCUGCAGAAGAGUGAGCCCCGCAUGCGCGGAUGCCGCCCCGCGGCUGCGCAGCGCCAACCCGCGCCCCGCCCCAGUCCCUGGGACCCCCAAGCCCAACCCCAGAAGGCCACGCCCAUCAUCCUUCCGCGCCGGGAUAGAUCCCGCCCAGGGCUCCGCCCACGCGGAGCUCAAAGAGGCCCAAAUCACUGCCUUCUUACCCAUCACCCUCCAACAGAACCCAGAAUCCCGAGCGGCUGAAGCACUGGGGGACAUCAGGCCAGAGCCCUCCCUGGAGCAAGUCCUGCAGGAGCGGGAUGAAGCCAUUGCUAAGAAACAAGCUGUGGAAGCUGAGCUGGACUCCUGUAGAGCCAGGUUGCGCACAGUGGAGGCUCAGCUGCUGGAGGUCCUGCAGGAGAAACUGAGGCUGAAGCAGGAGGUGGAGUCCUGGGAGGAGGACAUGCAGCAGAUGGUUCGAGAACGGGUGCAGAGUCAACUGCAGCGAGAGUCCAGGGCUGCUCCGGGCCCACAAGGGAACGCAAGUGCUGGCAGGAGCUCCUGGAUCCAGCUCUCACAGAGCCAGAGGGGACGAUGGUGGUAA